AUGACUUUGAGUCUACGUAAAGGGACCUUAAAUGUGACUUCGGUAAAGGAUGCUGAGGACAAUGAUCGGCCAGGAAAGAGGCUGAAAUUGAGUAGGGAGCCGAUUGAAUUCAGAGAUGAAAAUUUGGAAAGAACGACCCAGCCGCAUGAUGAUGCCCUCAUAAUCACCUCUAGAAUUUGGGGUUUUGUAGUGAAAACAGUGUUAGUAGACCAAGGAAGUGGGGCUGAAGUGAUGUACCUUGAUCUUCAUAAGGGGUUAGGAUUAAAGCCCAAGGACCUAUCUAAGUAUAACACACCCUUGGUAGGAUUUGACGGAAAGGUGGUACUCCCUAAGGGACAGAUUUCAUUACAUGGUAAUAUUGAAGGAAAGGAGGUGGUGGUGAACUUUAUUGUAGUAAAUGCCUUCUCAUCUUACAUUGCGAUUCUCUGGGGACCGUGGAUCCACGCUAUGGGAGUCGUGCCGUCUACCUUGCAUGUGAAGGUGAAAUUUCAUACUGAAGGUGGAAUUGCCAUAGUAAGGGGAGAUCAACAAGUUGCAAGACAAUGUUUAGUAAUAGCUAUCAAUCAUGAGAUCAAGCAGAAGGAGCCAACCGAGCAGGACCUAUUAUAG